AACGCUCGAGUUCCGCGCUGAAGUGUGUUGGAGUUGGUGGUCUGAUCUGCCGGUAGGCUGGAACUUUCGUUGGAUUUAUACUCAUCGAAACAGGCAAUGCACCAUGGCUGCCAGCCAAAGUUUAUGUUUGAUUUCGCUGACCACGCUUAUGUUCGUCGCACCGUGCAUGGCUUAUACAGGAAUGGAAAUGGACACAAUAGAUCUAUUACAAGUUAUAGGAUAUCCUCUUCCUGGAGCAAUUACGUUCACAAAAGGAAUGUUUGAUUUUCCAGCGUUUCAUUUUAACGGGGAAGCAAUAAACAUGGGAAGAGCAGUCCAUACAUUUUUCCCAGAAUUCUUUUUUAGAGAUUUUGCCAUUCUGGCUACAGUGCGAUUGGGCAGUGAAGAUGGUGGACUGUUGUUUUCUGUUACAAAUACAUUUCUGUCCAUAAUACAGUUGGGUGUGAAUAUUUCCAAUGCUGGCAACUCACAGACAAAAAUUUCGCUACUGUACACAGACGAUCGGGAGAGUUCAAGUACACAGGAAGUAGCUUCAUUUAUUGUGCCAAUAGCUGUAGAAGACAACACCGUGACAUUGUAUUUUGAUUGUGAAUAUUGGGACUCUGUGAAGAUUUCUAGAACUUUCAAUGAUUUGAAAUUUGACAAUAAUGUCGCUAUUUUUAUUGGACAAGCAGGGGGUAAUCUAGAGCAGAACAAUUUUGUGGGUGGAAUCCAAGAUCUGAAAAUAGUUCCAAAUCCAGAGGUUGCUGAGACAUACUGUGAAAAUGAACAACUUGGAGAUGAAGUUGUGAUAUCCGGUAGCGGUGAUGGCGAUGGUGAUGUCAUUGACAUUCCUGGCACCACCUAUCCGGGAUUAAAACCGAUUCCGGGGCCACCAGGGAUACCAGGUCUGCCGGGUGUCCCAGGAACAAAAGGAGAACCAGGAAACGAUGGAAUACCAGGAAAAGAUGGAGCACUUGGCCCAAAAGGUGAACCAGGACUACCAGGAGUGUCAUUACCUGCAUUACCGGGAGAAAAAGGUGCUCCUGGAGACCCUGGUUUGCCAGGACCGGAAGGUCUACAAGGUUUGCCAGGUGUUGCCGGACCACCAGGAUCCCCUGGAGCUCCCGGACUUGAUGGAAUUGAUGGAUUGCCUGGACUGAAAGGAGAUCAAGGAGAGACUGGUGUUGGUUUACCUGGUCCACCAGGUCCCCCAGGGCUCCCAGGUGAAACUAUUGAUAGUGGUGACGAAGAUGGAAUUGUAAUAAAUAUGCCUGGUGCACCUGGAGAGAAGGGCGAUAUUGGAUUCCCAGGAAUUCCAGGAGCAGACGGCCUUCCUGGCAGCACAGGAUUGCCUGGACCAGUAGGACCGGAAGGACCAAUGGGACCCAAGGGAGAAAAAGGUGAUAGUAUUGUCGGUCCUCCUGGACCACCUGGUCCACCAGGAACUGGUUUUGAAAUACCUGAUUAUGAAGGAUCCGGAUCUGGUAACGAUGGAGGAUUUAUUAUUGGUAAGGGCAAACCCGGACCAGCAGGUCCUGAAGGACCACAGGGACUACCUGGACAAUCAGGGGUACAAGGUCCACCUGGCUUGCCUGGCCCACCAGGCCCAGCUGGACAGGCCGGAUUACCUGGUCAACCGGGGCAACCAGGCAGACCGGGCGAACCUGGAACUGGAUUUGUUGACGAUCAAGAUCUUUUGAUUGGUCCACCUGGAAUUCCUGGACAGAAUGGUUUAAAUGGGGAGCCUGGAGAACCUGGACCUACGGGUGCAAUUGGUCCAGAGGGUCCACCAGGAUUAACAGGACCAAUAGGACCUCAGGGAGAGAGGGGUGAACCUGGUUUUCCAGGUUUGGAAGGUCCCCCUGGCGAUAAGGGUGAACCUGGUACGAAUGGGUCUCCUGGUCUGCCUGGUUUUUCUGGUGAACCUGGACUACAAGGACCUGCAGGUGUAGCUGGCCCAGCCGGCCCUCCUGGACCCGCUGGCCCACCUGGAAAGGUGGUUAUAAUACCAGGAUAUGGUUAUGAAGGCAGUGGGGAUGACGAAUAUGGAAGUGGAUUCCUUGGUGGUGGUCCUGGUAACAUUGGGCCGCCUGGGAAACGCCCAGGACCGGGACCACCGGGUCCCCAGGGACCACCUGGUAUUCAAGGGGAAAGAGGCUUUCAAGGGCCUCAAGGACCACAGGGAUUUAAGGGUGAUAAGGGUGAUGGGGGACCAGCUGGUGUUGAUGGUUUGCCAGGACUUUCUGGAGAGCCAGGAUUGAAGGGUGACCCAGGUAUCGAUGGAGUCUGCAAACCCUGUGAAGAUGGUAUACCUGGAUUACCGGGUCCGGUUGGAAUGCCUGGUCUAUCUGGACCACCUGGCCCUCCUGGAUUAGGUGGGAAUGGGGAUGCCGGUGCUGGUGCAGGACAAAAGGGUGAACCAGGAACAUCAGGAGUACCAGGACUUCCUGGUCCUGCUGGUGAACCUGGGAUUGCUGGAUUACCUGGACCAAGAGGGUUUGUUGGACACCCUGGAAUACAGGGAUUACCUGGUGCAGUUGGACCAAAAGGAGAGGAUGGAGUUGGACUGCCUGGACCACUAGGACCACCUGGUCUGAAGGGAGAUAAGGGAGAACCCUUUCUUUUACGAGAUGGUGAAGUGCUGAUGGUGAAAGGAGAGAAAGGAAAGAGGGGGAAAAGAGGAAAGAUGGGAGCCAAAGGAGAAGUUGCAACAAAAGGAGAAAAAGGAGCAUUCGGGUUACCUGGGAGACCAGGUAAACCAGGACUGAUUGGACCAAUUGGACCACAAGGUGAAAAAGGAGAAAGAGGAGAAAUUGGAUUUGCUGGAGUCCCUGGUUUGAAUGGAAUACAAGGAGAAAAAGGUGAAAAGGGAGUUGGACAAAAGGGAGAGAGAGGUCCUCCAGGUGAGCCAGUGAUUGUAGAUCCAGGAAGCCCAGGUGGAAAUCCAAUAUCUAUACCUGGGAGGCCAGGAGAGCAUGGUGCUCCAGGAUUACCAGGGCCGGUUGGACCAAAAGGAAUGCAAGGCAGUCAAGGUGAAAGAGGUCUUCCAGGGCUAACUGGACCACCUGGACAGAAGGGUAUGAAAGGUACGGCUGGAGUGAAUGGAUUAGAUGGUGUUCAUGGCUCAAGAGGGCCGUCUGGUUCUGUGGGGUUACCCGGUGCUACAGGUCCACAAGGUCCUCCCGGUAUUGAUGGGUUACCUGGACGAGAUGGAUUAUACGGAGGCAAAGGUGAUAAGGGUGAUACAGGAAUGAAGGGACCCAAGGGUGAGCCAGGAUUACCGGGAUCUGGCAGUGGAGGAGGAAGCAUACCUGUACCGGGACCAGUUGGCCCACCUGGACUGAUUGGUCCACCUGGACCACCAGGUCCACCAGGAGAAGCUGUUCAAGGGAUCCCAGGACGUCCCGGUAGUCCAGGUUCUCAAGGCCCACCAGGAAUAGGUGUGCCUGGACUUCCUGGUCCAGCUGGUUUGCCUGGCUCAGGAAAUCUAGAAAGCGCUGGCAUGAAAGGAGAAAGAGGUAACAGAGGCUAUCCCGGACCUCCUGGACCACCUGGACCAACAGGAGAAUCAACCAAUGGUCUACCAGUUGGCAAAUAUACUACAGUUGCGACCUAUCUCACACUCGAUGACAUGCAGUCCGUAGCCAGGAUAACCCCAGUAGGGGGUCUAGCAUUCAUUCAUGAUAGACAGGAACUAUAUGUCAGAGUGGAGGAAGGCUGGCAGAUUAUUGAGCUUGGUCCUAUUCUGCCGCUGCCCCCUAUACCAGUUACAACAUUGCCAGGUCCUUCAACUCUUCCAGUACCAACACCCGGUGUUAUCGAUGGCAAUAAGAAGUUACAUAUGUACGCUUUGAAUUAUCCUGUUGCUGGCUACCACAUUGGUCCUGACAGCAUGGGUGGAAUACGUGGUGCAGAUUUCCUGUGUUUCAAACAAGCUGAAGAAGCUGGACUUCAAGGAACUUACAGAGCUUUCCUAUCAUCAAAAGUACAGGAUAUCAAAUCAGUAGUUAGAAAAGAAGAUAGAGAUGCACCUGUAGUUAAUGCAAAGAAUGAGUUGUUGUUUUCAUCAUGGAAUGAUAUAUUUAAGGGUAGUGAAGCACCAUUUAAUAGUGACAUUCAUGUGUAUUCAUUUGAUGGGAAAGACGUAAUGACAGACCCAGCAUGGCCUCAAAAGUAUAUAUGGCACGGUUCUUACAGUAAUGGUGAGCGUAUGCUGAGUAGCUAUUGUGACCAGUGGCUGGCAGAGCAAUCUGACGAAGUAGGACAAGCCAGUCCACUUAUCAGUCACAAAUUACUAGGUCAAGAAACUUAUAGUUGUAACAAUAACUUUGUUUUACUCUGUGUCCAAAAUACAGUUGGGAAAGUGAAAAAGAAAUAAUUAUUUUUUUAAAGAAGCAAAAUAAAUAUUUUUAAUACUCAUGAAUUUUAACCAGCUGAAAUUCAGGAUAGCCUUUUUCCAGGGCAGUAAUUCCACCUACACAAAAUUUAUCCAAAAGUUUUUACUGAAAUAUAUGGUUAGUUGCAACAUGAUUUGUGACGUCAGCUUUUUACAUUAUUUUUAAACUGUCUGAAAUGAUUUCUUGUUAUUAUUUUAUUUUUUGACAUUAGCUCGCUAAAUAAGUUUAAGAAUUGCUAUUGAUCUUGUUGUCAAAGAACUUCAGAUCAUUUUUAGUCCUGUUUAGAUGAGACUGAAAUUGUGAAAGGUCACAGUUAUGUAAAUUACAUGCUAAUUAGUUAGGUAAUUAAUUUGGAUGUAAUUCUAGAACAAGUCGUAUGAACAGAUUCCUGCAUUUACAACAAUGUAGCUAAUUUUUUUAACUGAUGGUUUGUGCCAGCCAGCACAUUUUUCAAAAGAUAAUUUAUUGGACUAUACCAUUAGAAUAAGGGGUGGGUCAGCAUAUUAUCCUGCAUUGCAAUAAAACCAUAAUCUUCCUCAUGGUGUUAUUAAAAUUAGAUUUGAAUUUGAAUAGACAUGGUAAUCAGGACAGGUUUUAGAUUAUUUUAAAUUAUUUGUAAUUUUAAUCAUUAAAGUCUCAUAAGCUUGUUAUCAAUUUAAUGCUGAUUCAAGAUGUGGUACCAAAUAAACAGAUAUGUGGUGAACUGUGGUACGGUACACAUAUGCUAAUAGAACUUGACAACUAGAAAAUUCAUUUUGUCACCUAUUUUAUCAUAAAUAUGUGCCAUGUUAUAUAUGACAUGUGUUACCUCAUUUGGCAAUGUUACAUGGAUUACAAAAUGUGGGAAAACAGCUUUUUAGAAAUAAAAUUACUCCAGGAGUAUAGUCAUUUAGGUAAAAGUGGAUAUACUGUAAUCCAUUGCUACUAGAAAAAUAAAUGCGAUUCCGCAAAAUAAUAUUUAUUAUUCGGUAAAACACUUGACUACUUAUAGGUUUUCAACACAAAUGACCAAGAUUUUGUUGAAAAUGUAAAAGCCACAAGACAUGUUUUUCCACUCAAAUAUUGUUCUAUACUCGUCCACUGUUCAAAAUACUAUGCUUACAUAAAUCAGGGAACAGUGGACACAACGAGAAUAGAUAUUGGAUCACUUUGUGUGCAAAAACAAGUCACACGGCUCAUGAGAUCUUAACGGCAUUAAUGUCUAAGGAUUUCUUCUUCACGGUUUCUGAUUCAUUAAAUUUGUUUCCAAUGAAAUAAGUGUUUUACAUUAGUACACAAGCCAAGAGUAAUUUACCGAGAGACAAAUGCCAAACGCAAGUUUGUGGAUCAGCUUUAUCCAAACAGUUCUUCCACAACUUGUCAGGUGAAGAGAAAUUUUUAACUUUUUAUAAAAUAUAUUUAAUGUUUUAAUGCCUUUUUUUUAGUACAGUAAUGUAUACGGUAGAAGUUCACAUGUUUUCAAUUAUACAGAUAAUUAAAAAAAAAAUAAGUUUCCAAACUCCUCAAUUAUAGAAUUAAAAUAUAACAUGGAUAGUAUGUGCACCACUUACUGGUACACAACACAGAUACUUAAUGUAUAUUACGCCUCAGUGCUUGUGUAUAAUUUCUACCCAUUUUAUUUAUACUGUCAGAUUUUCUUACAUUUUAUGUGGUCGUAUAUUAUUAAAUUUAUAUUUCAUAUUUUAAAACAAUACAUAGUUUAGAUAUUUUAAAUACUAAUACCUCCGGCUGGCUUGGCAUGUGCAACUCCAAAAAAUCAAAAUGUUACACGGGUUGGGUAAGUGUGCUUCUAUUAUUAUGCUCAGUAAUUUCAUUUUAGUACAAUUAGUGAACUUGGGGAAACUUCAUACUGAGAAGCACUGAUAGAUUCAGUCACAUUAAGUUACCCUUUAGACUCCCUAGGAGUUUGAUGUUUCUUGUUACUUUUCUUGUGAUAAUGGUGCUAUUCAGACUGACUGGUGCUAAACUUCAUCCCAAAAAAUUUAUAUUUCUUUGAACUUUUCAACAUUUAUGAGGAAAUUCUUGUUUAUGUUAAAUGCACCCAAAGCGCAGCAUGUUAUUUAUAGAUGCUUGUGGCUAGAACCACUCGGUACAGGCAAACUAACUGCAACUUUACAUUUAUUGACAAUGAAACACAUUAUUGACUAACAAUUAUGCAAAUAACAUUGGCGAUAAUUUAUUUUAACUGUUAGUUUAGAUCAACCGAGUUUUGAAACUUUUAUUUUUUAAUAUAUAUUUCAUACAUUUUUUUUAAAUUUGCAUAUUUCAAAAUUGCGGAAGA